ACCGCAAAUAAGCGCUUUUUCGCAUAAGAUGUCCUCUCUGAAAGCUCGCAUCGGUCCUUCGAUUUUGAACGCAGAUCUAUCUCAGCUGCACGAAGAGUCCCAAAAAUUACUCGACAAUGGUGCGGAUUACCUGCAUCUUGACGUGAUGGAUGGCGCUUUCGUGCCAAAUCUCACCUUUGGUCAUCCAGUGGUCAAGUGCUUACGGAACAAAAUCAAGGAUGCAUUUUUUGAAACGCACAUGAUGGUGCAAAACCCGCAGCAGUGGAUCGAACCAAUGGCAGAUGCCGGAGUUCAGCAGUACACGUUUCAUAUCGAACCGGUUAUGAAUUCGGUGACCGAGAUCUGCCGAAAGGUGCGAGAUGCCGGCAUGAAGGUUGGUUUGGCCAUCAAACCAGGCACGCCGGUGGAUGCAGUUCAGCGGUACAUUGACAAUGCGGACAUGGUUCUGGUGAUGACUGUGGAGCCCGGUUUCGGAGGACAAUCGUUCAUGGCGGACAUGAUGCCGAAGGUGCAGUGGCUGCGAGAAAAUUAUCCUUCUUUGGAUAUUGAGGUGGACGGUGGCGUCGGACUUGGCACGAUCGAGCAGUGUUCCAAGGCGGGAGCUAAUAUGAUCGUCGCAGGAACCGCAAUCAUCCGAGCCGAUGAUCAAGCGACGGUUAUUCGUAAUCUUCGAAGCUCAGUUCAAAACGCUAUUGAAGGAAAAUAAAAAAAUGAUGUUUUUUGUAAGAAUUUGAAUCUGAAGCGAAAUAAAACGAAGAAUCUGUUGAA